ACGCAUGCGCACUAAGCCCUGUAAGCGAUGGCGAAAUUCCUGCCUUUUAUGCGAGGAACAAGGUUGGAUGGAAAGUUCUCUCGAUAAAACUCGCAGUUAGGCUCACAUUAUCGAUACUUAGAGUCGCCGCUGUUGCUCGCUAGUUACUUCGAUCUGCUUGAGGUGUAGUUAAUACAAGCCAUCUGGGCUCCUAUUACGAGAAAAGCACAUCAUCUUGCUAACUAUUGGCUAGGUAGCAUUAGGUAGCUAACGCUAGUAUGUCACAUUUUGCCUCGUCUUGUGUUUAUCUGGGAAGCUAGCGAGUUAUCAUUCUCAGGUGUUACAGAAAGUAGACGAUCGUCGGAGCUUGCUGACAUUAGGCAUUUUUUUCCGGGAAGACCUGCGGAGGAAUCAUCACGGUGCAUCGGCGUGUCGGUCCGGACUGCUGCUGCUGUGCCAACUGACUGACAGUACCUCUUCACUGGUGUGAAUGAGGGAGACAUGGCAGACCACACGCCACCUCUGGAGUCUGGCCAGCUUCUCAGCCCUGAACUCCCAAUCCUGGCCUCACCACCACCCCCAGCCAUGGUCAACGGGGAGGGCCCCCAGCAGGUAAUCCUGGUGCAGGUAAACCCAGGUGAGGCCUUCACUAUUCGACGAGAGGAUGGUCAGUUUCAGUGUAUCACAGGUCCUGCUCAGGUUCCCAUGAUGUCUCCAAAUGGUUCAGUGCCUCCAAUCUAUGUGCCUCCUGGAUACGUUUCACAGAUCAUAGAGGAGAACGGAGUGCGUCGGGUUCUGGUUUUACCUCAGCAGCCAGAGUUCCACCCCGGAGGGCACUCCCCUCUCCACCAUCCUCCACCUCCACCCCAUGCCCACCUGCCUGCCUUCAUCCCACACCCUGCCAUGAUGCCCCCUCCACCUCACCUGUACACAGGCAUGGCAGGAGGCGUGGGCGACAUGAGCUCUCAGUACAUCUCCCAGUACCAUCCAGCUCAUAUCUACUCGGAGCAGGUCUCUGCAGAUUCUCACUCCCAACAUGGACGCCCACCGUUUGUUCACAGAGACGACAGAACUAGCAAAACGCACGAACGUCUGCAAAAGAAACUGAAGGAGCGCCAGGCAGGCGGAGGAGGGCAGGUGAAGGACAGCCCUCCCCCGUCGCCGCAAAAGACUUGCAACAGCCCCCUGACGGCGGACAUUCAUAACGGUAUUGGAGGGAAGGGGUCGGAGGCAGAGCAGGGGCAGCUUCGGCACGCAGUAGCCUGCCCUGACAAGCAGACGGGCAAGGGGAAAAACGGAGAGUCCGGAGAGCUGGAUAAGGAGGCUCAGGCCCUGCAAGCGUUAUUGAGUACCAUCAGUAAACCAGUGGUGUCAGACAUCCAGGCCAGAGGAGCAGUCGUGAGCUGGAGUGCGCCCAACCGGCCAGAAGGCGAGAACGGCAGCAUGGAGAACGACUGUAGCCCCCCGGAGAACCUCAGCUUUGAGGUCUCCAUCUCAGUUAGUGGCAAAGAUGGAAAGUACCAGAGCAUGUACUGUGGAGGAGAACCAAGUGCAACUUUAGAAGACCUUCGACCAGCAACAGACUAUCACGUCAGGGUCCAAGCAAUGUGUAACUGUUUACAGGGAAGCCCAUCGGAGGCUGUGAGCUUCACCACUUUAAGCUGUGAGCCAGAUCCUCCCAAUCCUCCCAGGAAGGCCAGUGGGACUAAGAACACACUUGUACUCCAGUGGAAGGCUCCAUGUGACAAUGGUUCCAAAAUUCAAAACUACAUUCUCCAGUGGGAUGAGGGGAAGGGCACUGGCACUUACGAGCAGUGCUACUAUGGACCUCAGAAGCAGUACAGAGUGACCAAGCUUUCUCCAGCGUCAAGAUACUCUUUCCGCCUUGCAGCCAAAAAUGACAUUGGCGUAAGCGAGUUCAGUGAAGUGGUGGACCUGUUCACCUCAUGCAGUGUGCCAUUGCCACCCUUCCCUCCAGAGCUGGAGAUGACAGGGGUGACCUGGCUGUGUCUGAAGUGGCAGAGGCCCACUAGCUCUCCCAAGGAGGAUGACAUCUACUAUAUUUUGGAGAUGGAGGAGGAAGGCUCGGGAUAUGGCUUCCAGCCAAGCUACGACGGCGACGAACUCACCUGCACCGUUAGGAAUCUCCACAGGAGUACCAAGUACAAGUUCAGGGUGGCGGCAUACAACUCGGAGGGGAAGAGUAACCCCAGCCAGGUGGUCGAGUUCAUCACAAACCCAGACAGACCCAGCUGUCCCUGCAGGCCUGUCAUCAGAGGGAGAGUUCUGCCGAACAGCUUCAAGAUGGCCUGGGAACCCCCUAAAGAUAAUGGCGGUGCAGAAGUCACAAAGUAUGUUGUGGAGCUGUGCGAGGGCUUAAGUGGCUUAUCAUGGGGGCCGGUGUACUCAGGGCCGGCGAUGGAACAUGUGUGUGAGGGUUUGAAGCCCGGCUGCUCCUACCAGACGCGAGUUUACUGCAUGAGCGAGGGUGGGCAGAGCCCGCUGUCAGAGACCCUGCAGGUCCAGACUCCCGCGGUGCCCCCGGGGCCCUGCCAGCCCCCUCGGCUGGUGGGCAAGCCCAAAGCCAGGGAGGUGCAACUGCGUUGGGGUCCCCCUCAGGUAGACGGAGGAAGCCCAGUGUCCUGCUACUGUGUAGAAGUGAGUGGGCCGCAGUCUGAGGAGAGCAGGGAGGUUUACCAGGGUCCAGAGCUGGACUGUUCUGUGGGAGGGUUAAUGCCUGGCAAAACCUACAGCUUCCGGCUCAAAGCAGCAAACAAGGCUGGGUUCGGUCCUCUUUCGGAGCGCUGUGAGGUUACAACCGGCCCCGGGGCCCCUGAGCAGUGCAAGAGCCCUUCCACCACAUGCAAAUCCCCCAGCUGUGUUGUUGUGAGCUGGGAGGCGCCUCCUUGCAAUGGAGCUCCAGUGACAGAGUUUCGUCUGGAGUGGGGAGCAGCUGAAGGCUGCAUGCAAACGUGUUACACUGGAUCGGGACUCAGCCAUGAAGUGAAAGGGCUGCUGCCUGCAACCAACUACUUCUGCCGGGUACAGGCUGUGAACGUGGCUGGCGUCGGGCUCUUCAGCGAAGCGGUGCUUUGCCAGACGCCCUGCUCGGUGCCUGCAGCUGUCAGCAACAUCUACGUGCUGAAGGAGUCCGAGCUGCUGAGGUACGAGACUCAAGUGGAUGCAGAUGAAGAUGAAGAAGAAGAAGAAGAAGAAGAAGAGGAGGAGAGCAAUUCAAGGCCACCACCGGUUUACUCUCCAUCCACUUGCCUGGGUAUCUGCUGGGAUCCUCCAUGCGAUCACGGCUCUGAGAUCACUUCCUACCUGAUCGAUCUCGGAGAACGGCAGCCCGUCGUUGUCGGCCCCGUCACCAAACACAUCAUCCAGCAUCUGCAGCCUGACACCAGCUACAGGAUCCGAAUCCAAGCCCUGAAUAGCCUGGGUGCAGGCCCCUUUAGUCACACCUUUAAGCUGAAGACGAAGCCCCUGCCCCCUCAGCCCCCCCGCCUGGAGUGCACCGCCUUCAGCCACCAGACCCUCAGGCUCAAGUGGGGCGACGGCCCGGCCAAAGCCGUCACCUCAGACGCCCUCCAGUAUCAGCUGCAGAUGGGGGACAAGAGCGGCAGAUUUAUAUCCUUGUAUAAAGGACCAUGCCACACUCACAAAGUCCAGAGGCUUAAUGAGUCUACCUCUUACACUUUCCGCAUCCAGGCCUUUAAUGAGGCGGGCGAAGGGCCCUUCUCCAAUGUUUACACAUUCACAACCCCACGCUCUCCUCCAGCCCCAGUGAAAGCCCCUAAAGUGGAGCGUGUGGACGACAACUCCUGCGAAGUCACAUGGGAGGCCCUACCGCCCAUGAAGGGGGACCCAGUGAUCUAUACCUUGCAGUGCAUGAUGGGAAAUUCAGAGUUUAAACAGGCCUACAAAGGCGCUGCCACAUCCUUCCACGUCCAGAACCUGCAGUCCAGCAGCGACUACCGUUUCCGAGUCUGUGCUAUCCGGCAGUGCCAGGACGCCCCAGAGCUGAGCGGUCCCUACAGCCCCACGGUGACCCUCUCCCCGCAGCGGAACGACGUGGCGCUGAGCGGCAGCGCUGCCGGCUCGGGGUCCAGGACCGGCAUCGAGUCCAACCGAGCCAGACAGAGCCUGACGGACGAGCAGUGCGCUUUCCUCCUCCUCAUGGUUUUCGCCGUCAUCGCCAUCCUCAUCGCUUUCGUCAUCCAGUACUUUGUCAUUAAAUGAGCAGUUUUCGGCGCCACCCAGCUUCAGGGUUAUAGCUUUAUUCUCCCUCCUCCCCUCUCUCUCUCUCUGUUGUUUUGUAUUCUUCGUUUUGUACUUAAUGUUCUCCGAUUUCAGCAGAGUAAUUGCAUUAGACGAAUUGGGGGUGUAGCGGGAGGAUGGGCUGGUGAGUGAGCGCUGAAUGGCGGAUAUAAAUCGAGGGAUGUAGCGUCUCAUUUGGCACCUGUGAUACCUUCCUGACUCUCCCGGCUUUUGUCAAUCCCGCCCCGAGUUUGUGGUAUCUGUCGUUCAGUUCUGAUCUCUAAUCCAACACGAUUAGCUUCCUGUGCAGAAGGAACCCAGAAAGCAUAGGUUUAUUUAGGGGAGAGGGUCAGGGGGGGUCAAGCGGCGUAUAUAUAAAAUGUAUAGAAAUAGUCAUUAUUUAUAUUUCCAUUUCCAUGUCCAGUAUGAAACUGUUUUUGAUAGGUGUGUUCCAAAAAUAGUAUGUAGGUGUGUCAGUAGCCUAUGUGCUAUUUGAUCCUGGGACCUGGUUGGGCCAGUGUUUGCACAGUGAGGUGUGUGUCCAGAUGUGUAUACUGUAUGUAGUUUGUGCCACCGUGGUACACGGCUGGAGGGCUUCAGGGCCACAUGAAGGGACUUAACUCCCCCACUCCCCCCCCCACCACCCCAAAGUUGCUGGAGUUUGAGAAAUCUAGCGAAGAGAAGAAUCAGAAACGAAAAGAUCUUGUU